AUGGAUCCUGAGCAGCUUCUUUCAAGUGUGAAGAAGGAUGUUCGCUCUCUCCUCAUCUCCUCCAAGCAUGGCCUUUCUCCAGAGCAGCUCAGGAAGGACUACCAGAACAUGCUGGGCCACCCCAUACCCCUCAAAGUCCUUGGUUUUCACUCUGUGUUGGACAUGGUCAAGGAAAUGCCCGAUGUCGUGCACUUGGAUUAUGCCCUCAAUGGCGUUGUAGUGUUAAAAGCAAUUGGGGAUGAGACCACAAGAGGCAUUGAGGAGCUCGUCUCUAAGCAGAGGACCCACAGGCACAAGACCAAGUCACAAAGUGGUAGCACAGAUUUGUUCUCAUCACGUUCCAUCCGUCACCAGCACUCAUUUGUUCUCCCUCGUCGAGGCCAUGCUCCCCCUGCUCUCCCUGCUCAGCUGCGCUCACAGCUCAAGCAGUUACUCACAACUGGCCCCAUAAGGCUGUCUGAGCUGGAGAGGUGCUAUGCAGUCCGUUUUGGCAGGCCUCUCUAUGUCAUGGACUACGGCUUCUACUCCAUCGUUGAGAUGCUGGCUGCUGCUUCAGACAUGAUCACGGUGAGGCAGACUCGCAUGGGGUCACAGCUGAUGCUAAAGCCUGAAAUCACACCAGUCAAACAGAUGUUCGGUAGUACUGCUGCUCUCCCUAAACAGCCUGCAGGAAUAUCCAGAGUGUCCACUAACUCAGAAGUACUGCGAGAAACAGCGGUGCUCAGCAAUAUUCAACCUGAAGCCCAGCAGAAACCCAAGGACACUGCAGCCAUCAGAGUACAGGAGAUUGAGUCUGCCACUCUUUUAAUGCAAGAAAAGUCAUUUGAGAAGUCCGUUUCAAAGCUUGAGGAGGAGUUCAGGAAGAGGAUUACCGAAAGUGGAGAUGCAGGCACGGUCAGUCAGGAACUGAAGGAGAAGCUUCGAAAGGUUGUUGCUGAGCACAGUCAAGGCAUGGCCAUUCACAAUCUUCCUACAGAGUACAAGAAAAUGUAUGGUGAGGACUUGCCCCUGGCUCAGUGUGGCUUCCUGAGUGUGACACAGAUGGUUGGAGCCCUCAGCGACACAUUCUCUGUGCAGCCAAGCACUGAGGAAGGAGCAAACCACUUGCUCAUUAUGGAGCUGAGAUCAAAUGAUCAGCCAGCCUUGUCUCUGAACCCUUCCACCGAGGGACACUACUUCAGCUGCAAUGAGACAGCCUGGGAGUGUCAGGAUGAUGGAGAAUCCAUGGAGUCCGACACUGAGACUGAAAUCGCCAACAAGAUCAUCCAUCAGGCAGUGGACAUUUUCCCAGUCACGGUUCAGAGCCAUGGCUUCAGGGUUCCUCUGGAUGCAGUGCAGUGCCAGAAGCUGAAACCUCCUACUCGCAGGAGAGACAGGGAACUGGUGCCUGUCGUGGUGGAGAGGAUUGAGUCACCCAGUAACUUUUACAUCCGCUUUUAUGAAGACCAGGAGGCCCGCACCCUAGAGAACAUGAUGUUCGAAAUGAGGAGCUGUUAUUCCUGCCGAGAUGUGGCUGAACGCUACCGGCUCCCAGAUGUAUAUGUGCGACCUGGACAGGUGUGCUGUGUGGCCCCAGGAGAAAUGUGGUUCUACCGGGUGGUAAUCCGCCGGCUCCUCAGUGCCACAGAGGUGGAAGUGUACUAUGUGGACUUUGGAGACCUUACUGUUGUCGGCAGAAACAGGCUGCAAUUCCUGAAGUCAUGCUAUGCUGAGCUUCCAGCACAAGCUGUUCCAUCUGUACUUGUUGGAGUGAAGCCAUUUAAGGGUAUUUGGUCCAAAGAAGCCACCAGCUUGUUCCAGAAGCUGUGUUAUGACCGCACCCUGGUGGCUGCCAUUCACAGCUACCAGCACGACUUCCUACUACUUUUCCUGUGCGAUACUCACACAGAUGAGGACCUCUACAUCCAUAGUAAACUUCAGGCCGAGGGUCAUGCUGUAGCCUGUGCUGCCACUAACACGCUGGUGUUACAACAGUUCAGCCCUGUAACACUUUACUUUGGUGAUGGCCAGCUGGAGGAAAUAAAGGAACAUUUCGUAGCAGUGACAACUUCUCUUAGUGUCACAAAUGGGCAAAACCUUACACAACCAUUUCAGCCAGAUGCCUCCACACUUUUGACACAUAGUGUAGAGAAUCAACAGCACCGCCAAGAAAUGACUCUCCUGGAUCUUCCUGAGCUGGAAUUCAUUGAUGUGGCUCAGGGUGAAAAUUCUGACCCAUUUGAGACACUGCUGAAUAAAGAUUCAGCGAACUUUGGUAACUGGGAUCAGGGAUGGAUGACCAAGGUCAGUGUAGAUGAGGAGUCCAGACCUCUUCAGAAUGGGCAAGAAGAGGGUGCAAAUACUGCAUUGUUGUCACAUGUUCCAUCUAUCAAACCUGAUGCGGAGAAACAGCCUGUUUUUGAGAACAAGCACACGCCGAAGCCUGCAUCGACCCUACACAUGCUCAGUGAUCAAACUCCAGGUCUGAUCCACAGCUGCAGCCACCACACAGACAUGUCUGCUGAAUUGUUCCAGCCUCUACACUCCAGCCUGAUGUUUUCUCUGUUCAGCGCUGGAGACAGGCUGACUCAGGACGCACGCUUUCUUCGCCACACGUCCCCUCUUGCACUGGGCCCCUCAGCCCGCAUGGCAGCCGGAUCCAGCCUCCUCCACUGGUACACACACAAAUCAGUUUAAACAAACUGACUGAC